AUGCGGACUUCCUUACGACUUCUGGCAUCUAUCUCUCAGAACCAGCCGUCCAAGCUUAAGAAACCGAUUAUUGGCCUUGACCAUUUCAUUCAAAGACAGCGGGUUCUUGCCUUUUGGCGCGAGAUAAUCAGAGCCUUGAAUUCAAUCCCUAAUUCACCAACUCGCGAGGAGCUGCGCAAUUAUGCCCGCAACGAGUUCGAGCGCCAUCGAGAUGUGACAGAUCUGCAACAUAUUCGAUACCUGCUUUCAACUGGCAAAGCGGAGUUCGAAACGAUGAGGAGAUACAUUGACGAGCAGAUUGCCGGCUGA